AUGUAUGGAGGAUAUUUACUAGUAGCUUUUAUUACUUUGUGGUCGAUUGUCAAAAGUGAACCCUCAGUGGACACGAGCCAUGGAAAAAUAGCCGGGAAAGUGCUAAAGACGUUAAUAAAAAACGUUGAAUACGCCGCUUUUAUGGGAAUACCAUAUGCCGAGCCGCCAAUAAAAGACUUGAAGUUUAUGCCGCCUCAAAGUGUGAAGCCAUGGGACGGAGUCUUAAAGGCUACGACAAUAAAACCAGCGUGCAUACAAUUCAACAACAACAUUAAGAAAGGUCAGCCGCUCGGGCAUUACGGCGCGGAGGAUUGUCUAUAUCUCGACAUUUUUACACCCGGAUUAGACGAGAAUAAGCGUGCCGUUAUUGUCUACAUAUACAAUCACAAUUUCUACGAAUCGUAUAACAAAACCGAAGAUUACGCACCGGAUUUUUUCAUUGAGGAGGACAUUGUUAUUGUAACCAUAAGUCAUAGAUUAAGUGCUUUUGGUUUUCUUUCUCUGGAGGAUGAGUCGAUGCCAGGGAACGCAGGUCUUAGAGAUUUAGUGCUCGGUUUAGAAUGGAUUAAUGGAAAUAUUGAAAAGUUCGGUGGUGAUCGUGAGAGAAUCACUCUGAUGGGUUCUCAGGGUGGUGCUGCUGCUGUGGAUUUGCUUAUGCAUUCGACCGCCAAGAAACUGUUUAGUGCAGCCAUUUUACAAGGUGGAUCUUCGUGGUCUGGAGCAUACCUCCAUGACAAUGUUAGAGAGAGAGCAUUUAAUUUAGGAGAAGUAAUGAACAGAACUGCAAGCAGUGGUCAUAAAUUAAUAGCUAAAUUGAAUGAGAUUCCACCUGAUAAUAUAGUUUCCAAAGACUUCCAUGCAUGUCAAAAGGAAUUUUCCAAGGAAUAUCAACGGAGUAUCGUCACAUUUGGGCCAGUUGUUGAGAAACAGCCCGAUGGCCUGAUUACCGAAUACCCAGAAGAUUCUGAACAACAAAUCGAUAUGCCAAUUAUGAUUGGAUACAAUUCAUGCGAAGGAAUGGACACAACGUUGUACUAUCUAUUAGAGCCACGUUUUUUUAGUUUUCUUCAUAAAGAUUUUCCUUUUAUACUUCCAAGACGUUUGAAGUUCAGAUUCGAUCCCUACAAAGACGCAUUCUAUGAUGCUGUCGACGAAAUAAAGAGUCACUAUUUUAAUAAUAAAUUCAAUAAGAAAACAAUUCCUAAUUUCGGUGACUAUACAGGAGACGUACUCACUGCUUACAGUGUUAAUUGCGCAGUUUCCGCCUAUGCAAAGCGCUCAAGAAGUCCAAUUUACUACUACCAUUUCGACCUUUUCAGUGAUUUUAAUGAAAAUAAAUUAAACAUUAUGAAAUUGUCAUCGGUUGAGGGCGUAAGCUGGGGAGCCGCUGGAACAGAUGAGCUGUGCUAUUUAUUCAAAUGUCCAGAUCUGAAAGAAACUUAUCUAAAACAUAACAAUGCCAUGACUGAGGAUAGAAAGACUCAAAUGAAAAUCGUCAAACUCUGGAGCAACUUUGCGAAAUACAGGAACCCAACACCUGACAACGAUGAAACGCUUGCCGGACUAAAAUGGUCACCUUAUACCGUAGAAAACGAGGAAUAUCUUCAUAUCGACAACGAUUUCAAAAUGAAAACUGAAUUAAACAAAAGCAAAUUUAAAUUCUGGGACGAUUUCAUCAGCCGAUGGGAAAAAAAAGCCGUCAACGGAGUUAUUUCAGAACCUUUAAAUAGAAAAGAUGAGUUAUAA